CGAUUAUACCUCGUCACUCUCCUCUCAUCUGUAUUGUGUUUUCCUCCUCUCUCUCUCACUCACACACACACACUCUCUCUCUAUUUUCUCCGUCACUUGGCGCUUGUGUUUCCUUGGAGUAUUUCUAUUUCACACUGCUAGCCGGUCUCGCGCAUCACCGUAUCGUUUUUCUUUUUUCCUGUUCCAGCACAGCUUGACGGGUCUUUUUCUCAGCGCCUGUCCGUCCCACGCAGCAAAACUCGCGAUCAUCUCUUUGCGACAUUUGCUAUAAUAACCCGAGAUACCCAUAAAAAGUUCCUUCACCCCCGUACGAUAAGACAAUGGGGAAAUUCGGAAACGCCCUCAAGGCCGGCCAGACCGCCGUCGAACUGGGCCGCAACGUGCAAGGCUUCGCCGGCGCCGCGGCCGACUUCCGCGCCGCUGACAAGGGCGAGAUGGGCCGCAAAGCCGGCCGCGGAGUCUUCAACGAGGGCGCCGAGACGGGCAAGACGAUGGGCAAGACGUGGCUCAAGACCUUCGAGGUCGUGCCGCGCCUCGUGUGCCGCGGCCUGCAGUUCCUCUUCGCCCUCGUCGCCUGCGGCUUCUACGGGAACCGCGUCGACGCCGACCGCAAGGACGAGGACGGCGACGGCGGUGGCUUCUCGCCCGAGUGGAUCCUCGCCAUCACCGUCGCCGGCGCCUCGGCCGUCACCGCCGUGCUCUUUGUCGCCGCGACGCCUCUCGGGGCCAUCCCCUUCGUCGGCAGCAGAAUCAAGAUCUUCAAGACGUACCGCGCCUUCGCCUGGGACCUGGUCCUUUUCGUCGCCUGGAUCGUCGUGUUUGGCAUCUUCGCCGCCAUCUUCCUCAAGAGGGACAGCGACAACCCGUACAAGGGCAGCAGCACGGGCGCCAUGAAGGUGGCCGUCUGGAUCGACCUGGUGAACGCCAUCUUCUGGUUCGUCUCCGGCGUUUACGGCUGCAUCAAGACCUUCUUGGGUGACAAGACGGACCUGAUGACGGACAAGAUUGGGCAGAAGCUUUUCGAGAAGAAGCAGAAGCCAGCCAAGGAAGAGGCCGACUACGCAAAAAGCGUAUAGUGAACUAUU